AUGAAUUGCUUGUGUGAGAAUGACUGUGGUCUAUUUUCUUCUCAUUCAACAUCACCAAGUGUUAGUGGAUGCCCAUUAUGGGGGACUUCUCAAUCCAGAAGUUUGAGCUUGAAAGUGGAUCUUCUCCCACAACAAUGCCACAGGAGCACAACAUUGAGUUUUCAUUUCCAAGAUCAAGAUUCAUCUUCAACUCAAUCCGAUAAAUCUUAUCCUGGAGUUGGUUCAGCACAAUCCGGUAUUGGAUUUGAGCCCUAUGGCUUAUUCAGUAUCAGAAAAUUCUUGUUAAAUUCCCCGGCUGUUUACAUCAUAUACCAUAUUGAUGAGUAUUUCUCUGCUUUGGAUUUAGAUCAAAUGUAUGUUCAGCAUAGUUCUACUGGUUCAACACUUGGCACAACCGGGGGAAAAACUAUUGGAUGUGUCAUCAGGUCAUUUAUGGGGAGUCAUGAUUUCACCUACCCUCCUCCACUAUUGGAUCACAGCCAAACACUUGCUCACAUUGCACGUCACUAUGCUGAUCCAUGCUAUAGCAGCCUAAUUGCUUCUUCAUAUGGUCCACAGUGUAAGAUUCCUCGUGUCCAGCCAGUGGAAACUGCUCCUAUUCGAAUUCCUCUGCCAUUGGACUUUACAGAAGAACCAAUAUAUGUGAAUUCAAAGCAGUACCAUGCUAUUCUGAGGCGAAGACAUUAUCGAGCAAAACUUGAAGGACAUAACAAACCCAUCAAAGAUCGGAAACCUUAUCUUCACGAGUCCCGCCAUCUUCAUGCAUUGAAGAGAGCAAGAGGUGCUGGUGGACGGUUUCUCAACACUAAAAAGCUUCAACCAUCAAAUCUUUUACGUGGAAAUACUGCAGAAUCUAACAUGCAUCAAAUGCAAAACUAUAGAGAUUGUGAUAAUGCCAGAAAUAUGCAGAAUUAUACAUCUGAUGAGGGUGGUGGUGGACCCACUCAGCACCAUCUAUUUUUCUGCACGUGA